AAAAAUUAUUGGUGCCAGAUUCCAAUAACAGAGCUGCUGUUCGUCAGAUAUAGCAAAGGUGAACAAGAUGCAUUUUGUUACUUCCAGAAUCUGGCAACAGAUGGUAGAAAACUUCCUUGUGAGUGGAAACGUCAUCUCACAUAUCAUAGACUAGUGUGGUAUAUAUUUUAUCUUACGGGAGAAAACAAAGACCUACCGGGCUGGCAGGUACAAUUGAUCACAUGGAUAUUUGUUUGUUGGGAAUGGCGAGAAAACAUGGACUUUGUUAUUCAGAACUGGAACCACAUUAGGACUUUGAAAAGUUUGUCAUCGAAUGGACCUUCAUUACAAAUGAUUGUAGAGCAUUUUAUGGAACUUGAUAAUGAUGAGCAGACCUUGAAGAUGACAGGGACUAGCCAUGGUGAAGAAGAAACGAAAAUGAUCAGUAUUUCUAAGGACAAUAAUUUGGGAGCAGAAAGCAGUAUUGAUGGUCAGGAAAGAAACAAAAGGGAUGGUCUACAAAAAUUGGACACUGUUGUGAAUGAGCAACUUAGUCCAUUAGAGAUAACCUUAAAAACUGAAUUAGAUAAGCUGAAGAAAGAAAUUCAAGAGCUCAAAGAUGGGGCCAGAAAAACUGAAUUAGAUAUGCUGAAGAAAGAAAUUAAAGAGCUAAAAGAUGAGGUCAAGAAAGAAAUUAAAGAGCUAAAAGAUGAGUUCAUGAAACAACAUAGUGAGAAGAAUGAAACGAGGGAGGAACAAAAGAGGAUGAGGCUAAAACGUUGGGAUACAAUGAGGUCAGCAUUGGACAAAUAUGACGUAUCUAUGGAAGGCAUCCAGGCUUUUCAAAGGUUUAGAUUUUACUGCAUAGCUGGGCAUCUCACAUGGCCUUUUCCUGAACAAGUUCAGAGACAAAAGAACAUUGAUAAUUAUGAGGAUUGAUAGUUCUGAUGUAAUUUCUUCCACAAUAUUAAAUAAUUGGGAGCAAGGUGCAGAUAAUUAUUUAUGAAUUUAUAGGAGCAAGAAAUAUAUGUUUUUAGCUUUCAUGCAGACUAUGUUUUUGGAAGUGUUUUGCUGUAGUAAAAACUUAUAUAUACUGAUACAAUUUG